CGAUCUUAUUSUCUUACAAGUCUCUCUCUCUCUACUCUCAGACCAGCGGCGUCCCCCAAAUCCCACCGUCUCUUGCCACCGCUGGCGAUCUUUCUUCGGUAAUCAGUUUCUCUYUUCUAUCUCUCUCUCAAAGCGYGCCGGUAUUCCUUGAUUUCUAAGAUUUUCAUCAAUCUGACCAGUUCUCAAAUGAAGAGUAUAUGAUGGUUCAGCGGAUAUAAUAAUCAUGAGAUGGAAGUGAAGAGGAAGUGUCGGCUGUGGUGGCCCAAGCAGUUUUCACCUUGUGAACUGUCGUCUUCCUGUCUCUUGUUUGGCUGGUUUGUGCCUUCUUCAGAUUCCCUGGACGUUGUAGUGGCAUUCACUUGUAGUGAUGCUUCACUAUCUCAACUCCAAUGUGACCUCGAGGAAGUCAUUUGUGAUACAGGCAGGAUCAUGCCUACAGUUUUGCAUGAUAAGUCAGUGUUUUCUCUACUUGGUCACUGUGCUCCAAAAGGUGGAGUUCUUUCAAGCAACGGCAUUGAUGUGUUCAAUGGAGAAAAAACUUCUUGUCGUCACUAUGAGUGUGGGAUGAAUAGUGAAGGUAUUGCUACAGGCAGCUCUGGAAGAUCCACCUCUCAAUGCCAAUGCCAAUGCCAAUGCCAAUGCCAAUGCCAAUGCCAAUGCCAUUAUUUAGGUGGGUUGUCAGAGAAAUCUGGGCAAGUCCAUAAGUGGAACUGUAGUUGGGUGUUCCUGGUAUUUGAUUCUGAUAAGAAGUACCAAAACUCAGAAGUAUUUUGGAUUCCUAAGUUGGACUACCUUUGUUGGAAUGGGCAGAAAGUGUCUAAUUGUGAUGUUCACGUCAUAUUUUAUGAUUCUCCUGUAUAUAACUGCCAUCAUUUCUCAUUGCAACCUUCAAAUUCAACCAAGCAAGCAAAUUCAUCUUUCAAGAAACCAAAUUGGGUUGAUGAACUUCAACAAAAGGAAUUAAGUUUUGACUUGGAUACUGUCAUUUUCGCUAUCAACUGUGCUGCAGCUGCUAAACGGCCACUUGAAAGACACUUGCAUGCUAGAAGAUCUCUUCAGUUUUCAAUCGCUGACAGGUGUCGUUCAUUCAUGUGGAGUCUUCUGGCUGUGUCUUUUGCUUCACUUUCCACUCUCUUCUACAUGACUUUUCAGUUUUCUUAUAAACUUCAUAGUAUUGGUUCACAAUUGUGGAUAUCUAGUGUAGCCACAAGAAUAUUUAGGACCACAUGCACAAAUGUGCAUGUUCGAUGUUGUCAAAUUUUGUAUUGGCCAAUUAUACUUCAAGAGCGUGGGAUGAGGUCCAUAUCAAAUGUUGAAUAUGCUGAGAAAGUUUCUUUACAGAAGCAUUCAAUGUGGUCAAGCAUAGCUGCUGAUGUUUUGCUGGGAAACGUGGUUGGUGUGGCAUUGUUAUGUCAUGUAGAUCAUGCCUGCUCGUUCAUUUUAGACCUUUCUAGGGAUAUCACAAACCACAUAUUGCGUUCGGGUUGUGUGUGGUUGAUGGGUGUUCCGGCGGGUUUCAAGUUAAACAUGGAAUUGGCCGGAGUUUUUGGCAUUAUUUCUCUCAAUGCAAUCCAAAUUUGGUCUACUCUUUGGUUCUUUUUUGGUUUUAUAUUUAUUUAUGUCAUCAAAGCACUUGCUAUAUCGGGAAUUCUUUUUGGAGUGACCUUGCCUGCUGCACUGACCAUAGAUCUGAUCUCAGUUGUGACGUGCCACGUGUCAACUCUUCAUUGGUUUAUCUCCCUCAUAUAUUCAUCACAGAUACAGGCAUUAGCAGCUUUAUGGCGCAUUUUUAGGGGUCAAAAACAGAAUCCUCUUCGGAAGAGAAUAGAUAGUUAUGACUACAUUGUGAAGCAACAUAUUGUUGGAUCGCUUAUGUUUACACCACUAUUACUUCUUUUACCCACUACGUCAGUCUUCUAUGUCUUCUUUAGCAUUCUGAAUUCAGCUAUCAGCUUCAUCAGAUUGCUAAUUGAAGUCAUAAUUUCCAUAAUUCACGCUACACCCUAUACCAAAAUUUUUCUUUGGUUGGUGAAGCGGAAAAGAUUUCCUUCUGGGAUAUGGUUUGAAAUCAUUUCUUCUCACAUCAAUUCUACGGGUCAUCUGGACAGAAACUCUCCUGAAAAGUUUGAUUUACCAACUAAGAUCUUGGAGCAGAAUGAGGAGAUAAUCAUGGGGAAAUCUACAGUUUUGGUUUCAUGUCUUCACAGCAACUUAAUGGGCAUAGGUGGACUAGUUCUGCCUCACUACAGAAAUAUUUUCUCUGGCUUCACCCGACCGAUACUAGCUUCUACAUUUCGUGGAAUCCUGACAGGAAGAAGCAGAACGACAUUGACACCGAAAGUUGGUCUUCCUUCACCGAUUCCAUGGAUGCGCAUACCAUAUAAAGAGUAUUGGCAUCUAUGCCACGAUUCGAUUCUUAUGUGCAGGCAGCUGCCGCCUUGUUCUUCGUAAUCCAAUACCAUGUUAAAUCUUAGCAUUUAUUUUGAAGAUGAAGCUUGAAAUAUAAAUGGUCAUUAGAGGGCACGUUUAGAAGUCUGAGCUUAUCAAGAUGCUUGGAAUGAGCUCGGCUUGAGGCAAACUUUUGGUUGCUGAUAUGAACAGAAGGAAAUAUCAUUCAGGAAUUGCAGAUUUCUCACUCAAUUUCGCUAACACCUAUGAUUUUUUUUUCUUUGUUGUUGUUCUGGAUUGUAAUCUGAAUGUAACUGCUUGGAAAUUUCUUUACCCUCAUAGUUUUAGGGACACCACUUCAUUCAUGGGAUUUGAAAAACAUUUUAGGUGGUUGGGGUUGGAAAACAUAAUUUUGCGUAGGUUGUGUUUAGAUUGAAGAAGAAAAUGAGUUUUGAAAGUCUGGAUUUGUAUAGUUUGUGUUCGGUUUGUUGGUAACGGUUUGGAACUCCUAAAGCUUCUAUCUUCGGUUCCUUGCUAUUGGGAGGCUCUUUUAGGAAGAAGCCGUUUUGGCCUUGUAGUUUUUCU